UUUGUUCUUAAUUUUCUUGCAUAUUCGGAACGAUUUUCGAAUAAAACAUUCUAUUUCAUUCGAGCUUGUAUUUAAAUCUAAGCGUUAAUAUUGGUGUCUUGAAUUAUAUUUAAAUUUUUUAAACAUGAUACUGAAGUAUUUCAUAUGUUUAUUAUGCAUUUCCUGCAUGGCCGAGGAAUCAUUUGACUCUAAUAACUGUACGGAAUUUCAGAGCGAAGAUAAAUUAAAGCAAAAUUAUAAAAAUAGAAAUACGGUAAAUACUGGAACAGCACUGAAAUUCAUUAAUGGUAACAGUGGAUUUAGCAGAUUCGAAGAGAAUGAUAUUGUUUCGCUAAUGAACAUUUACAGAAAUAAUACGACUCCACCCGCUGCUGAUCUGUAUAGCUUGGUAUGGAGCGAUGCUUUAGCAAAACUGGCAAAAAAGUGGGGAGAUAGAUGCGUAAAUAAACAAGGACCCGAUAAAUGUCUCAAUGUUAUUGGACAGAAUAUAUAUGUGGGAAGCGGUGAUUACAAAGAUGCACUUAAAGAAUGGUACAUGGAAGAGAAAGAUUACAUUUACUCCACCACCGCAUGCAAAAAACAAUGUAAACACUAUUUAGCGAUGGUUUCGUCUAAAACAUAUUCUGUAGGAUGUUCGAGAUCUGACUGUAAACGGUCCGGGUUAAAAAAUCUAAUCGUUUGUAAUUUUUAUCCGGUUGGCGUAUUUUUAAAAGUGAAACCCUUCUUGGAGGGACGGGCUUGCAGUAAAUGCGCAUCGGAUGAGGGAAAUGCUACUUGUUCUCAUAAUUUGUGUGUGAAAAGUACUAUUAAAAUACCCGAAAAACAUUUUCUUAUAUGCGCUGGAUUUAGAAACGAAAAUGAUAUUGUAAUAAUAAUUGCAGCUAUAAGAGGAUUAAUAUUUGUAAUGUCGUUAUAAGUUGAAGAGGAAAACAAGUUAAUAUAAAGACUAAAAACAUUCAUUUAAUGUUUAAUUAUAAAUAAAUGUAAUAUUAAAUUUAGGAACUAAAU